GCGGAGUUAUAUAAAUGUGGAGUACACCUAGAAGCACUUUCAGUACUUCUUGGUAAUCAUGAUAGUUGUGGACAUGAGAAAGAUACCAAGGCUUAUCACGAUAAAUGCGAACUGUGGACACUGUUCAACGUGGUCAAUCAAAGGGUGAAUUUUUGAGUGGCUUAUAUGUGACUUUAGUGUUUUUGGAAAAAAUAGUGGACAGGUGUUAUUUCACAAAUAAGACGUAUAGGAAUCUGGAAAAAUGAAAACCCUGGAGAGUAUGGUAUCCUCAUACCGGAUGGUGGUUCACGCGUUGAAGGUGUACUGGAAGUCCAUCUUCGUGGUCGUGUACCCUUUAGUUCUACUACCAGUCUUCCUUCUGAACAACAUACCAGCCUUACGUUGCCUAUACGUGGUACUACUGAUGGCUGGGUAUUGGGUUCUCGAGGCAUUACCCUUACCAGUUACAUCUUUACUACCGAUGGUACUGUUUCCCCUCAUGGGCGUUCUGGACUCGGAUAAGACGUCCCUUUGCUACCUGAAGGAGACCAACAUGAUGUUUGUUGGAGGUCUCAUCAUAGCCAUAGCUGUAGAGCAUUGCAAUUUGCAUACCAGGGUGGCUCUGCAUGUUAUCAAAUUAGUUGGUUGCAGCCCUAGAAAACUGAACGUUGGGCUUAUAACCGUCACCAUGUUCGUCUCUAUGUGGAUUUCAAACACAGCAGCUACGGCUAUGAUGAUCCCAAUUAUAGAAGCCACCCUCAAAGAACUGGAGUCUCAGGGUAUAGGUAACAUGUUCGAGGAAGACGCAGUGGAGGUGAGCGAGAACGGAAAGGAGAAGAGACAGAGAAAUGGUCAAGAUGUCACUGAGACUAAGAGACCAACAAGAACCACCAUGUGCUACUUCAUCAGCACAGCUUACGCGGCUAGCAUUGGAGGAAACGGCUGCAUAGUCGGUAGCGGCACCAACCUAACCUUCAAGGGUAUCUACGAAACGUCCUUCCCCAACUCUCCGGGUGUAGAAUUCGCCAAGUGGAUGAUGGUCAACGUGCCCCUGAUGCUACUGAUGAUGUACCUGUCCCUUGCCUGGCUCCAGUUCUGGUUCAUGGGGCUGUUCAGGCCCCAUUCCAAGGACGCGAAGACCAUCAGGGUGGGUACGCAGGGGGAGAUCGUGGCAAGGAAGCUGAUCUCGCAGAAGAUCGACGAGAUGGGGCCGAUGUCUUUCCACGAAGGUUCUGUGGCAGCGUGUUUCGUCCUGUCGGUGCUGUUGUGGUUCUUCAGGAAACCCCAGUUCAUCACUGGUUGGGCAGAGCUGAUCACCGAACAUAAGGUCAAAGACGCAACAGCAGCUCUAAUAGUGGUGAUGCUCUUCUUCAUCAUCCCAGCCAAACCAGAUUUCAUACACAUCUUCAGCAAUGACGAAUCCAAAAGGCCAAAAACGCCAUCUCCAGCUCUGCUUACGUGGAAAAUAGUCCAGCAGAAACUUCCCUGGGGUCUCAUAUUCUUGCUUGGUGGCGGUUUUGCCCUUGCUGAAGGUUCCAAGGCCAGUGGUAUGAACCAUUUCAUCGUCCAUUACCUUGGAAGUGUUAUCUCUUUGCCAAGACUGGCCAUCAUGGUGAUAGCUUGCCUGUUGGCGUGCCUUCUGACACAGUUUUCCAGUAAUAUAGCUGUGUGCAACGUGAUUCUACCGGUGUUAGCUGAAAUAUCGGAGAUCGCCAACAUCCACCCCAUGUACCUAAUGAUGCCGGCGGCCCUGAGCUGCUCAUUCGCCUACUGCUUACCAGUAUCCACACCCCCGAACGCAAUCGCAGCAGCCCCCUGCAACAUGCCCUCCUCCGAGAUGGCCAAAGUGGGCGCUGGCGUGGCCGUCAUAUCGCUUCUAGUCCUCUUUUCCGUAUUUCCAGUAUUGGCGCCCAUAGCCUGGGACAUAGACACAAUACCCACCUGGUUAAACACCACAAACCUCGAUGUAUGAUAUUUUUUUUUAAAUUCCAAUAGGAAAUCAAUUCGAUUUUGACGAAAGCACUGGAGAAUAUUGUCGAUAUUUAUUUAUGCAUAUGAUAUUGCUUAACGGCUUAGAAAUGCGAUUUGUAAAUUAUUUUACGGAGGGACAUUUUCUUCCUCCAGAGCCAUUUAUUUAUAGGUGAUUACCAUUUUAUGUAUUUAUCUGCUACGAACCAAUGUUUCCCAAGAUUAAACGUAUUAAAAGAUAA